GCAUCUCAAUCUCGUUAAUUUGUCUAUCGUGGUUUUGAAAUUGACGCAGACCCGCCAGUGUCCACAGCUUGAUAUGUAUGCUACUGUAAUAGAGGUCUGCCAGCUCAAGCAUAUAUUACGGGUGUUUUACUUCCCAGAUCGGGCGGCAAGAAUCACAUCUUUGCGGGUUACCCUCAUCUACCCCUAUCACAUCUAUUCUAUUCUAUCGGCAUCACUAUGGGUACAGAGCGGAAGACCGCUGGCUACCACCGGAAUGCGGCUCGGCGGAGGAAGACUAUCUUUAAAAAGUGUGAAGAGUUGAGCCGGCUUGGGGUCGACCUUUGGAUUAUUAUCGGCUCAACUGACCAAACACAUGUCUUCAAAUCAAGAGACCGCGGUCUGUUUGAUAGGUUUGACAGGCAAGUGAUGCUAUCGUGCGCUCGACCCAAAUGGCAAAAGGCUCAAAAGGAUAUCCUGGCACCCACCACAGCGUCUCGCCGAGUGCGCAUUAUCGAUCGGCUGCGUGCAGACCAUUCAGGUUCUGCGAUAGAGGAAAGUACA